UAGAUCACAGGUAAACAUGGACAAAGUGGAACUGUUAGAAGUUGUCAAAUCUGAGGAGGUUGGGAGCAACUGCGGCCAGAUGGAGGGGGCCAUUCCCAAAAAGAGGAAGAGCAAAGCCCAAGAUGACUGUGUCGAAAGACCCAAAAAGCCCAGGUCUGCCUACCUGCUGUACUACUUUGAUGUUCACCAGAUUAUGCAACUUGGGACCCCAAACAUGCCACAGUCUGAGGUUAACAAGCGAAUCAGUGAGAGCUGGAAAAGACUAAGUGUGGCUGAAAAAAGCCAUUACCUGGAGAGAGCCAAGUUGGAAAAGGACGGUAUAGAUACAUCAUCUCUCAGUUCCUGUAAACACCUGCCAGGCUUCCGCAAAAUCUUACCCAGAGCCAGCUGCUUCCUCUUACCCAAAGGCAGCUCCAUAAAUCACCAGCCAGGAGGCUCUCAGCCAGCGGUGAGCGAUGAUUCUGUGGACAUGUCAGCUGAAGGAUGCCUUUCCUCAGUUUCCCUCGUCCAGGAGUCUCAGUUCACUCACCUCGGAGUAGCUGGAGAGGUGGAUCUCUCCGAGCACCACAUUGUUGCUGAUCAUGUAGCAGAAGAGACACCAGUGGCGUCUCCUUCCAUGGGCCUUCAAGGAUGUACAGCCUCUUCUUCCUCCAAAGCCUCCAUUGACAGCAGUUUCUCACAGGCCAGUGCUGACUUUACAGUAAACGGUUUCCCCCUGAAUAAAAAAGACACCAAAAUUCCUAACAAUAAUUACAAUGGAGCAGCGACACAGCAGGGACAAAGAGAAACUACGCAGGUUGUAGCCAUCGUACCCUCUCAGAACCUGCUGGAGUCCAAGUCUGUGGCAAGCAUUGGCUCCUUGCGCCCAGUGAUGAUGAUCUCUUUGGGGGCAAAAUCGGAUCAAAGUGCAAAACCUUCCUAUAAAAUGUCUGUGAAGACGUACACCAGGAGAGGUCGAGGGAGGUGUCUGAAUCCUGGCUGUUCAUUUGUAUACGUCACCCGCCACAAGCCUCCUACGUGUCCUGAAUGUGGAAGCCACUUAGGUGGAAAAUGGAUUCCCGCUGCAAAAAGGACGCAGGAGAAAGGGUCAGCUUCCAAGCAGCUGCCACAGAGAGCUGAAACUAAGUCUAAGGAAACCCGUCAAGCACCACAAUCGUCUGCACAGGGGAGGAACACAGAUUCUUGUAAAACAAAAGCGAAUGAGAGCAACAAGGAAAGGCAAGUUCAGCGGUGUUCCCAAAAGCAGAGUGCAGCUUUGGCGGCGGCACCACCAGAGGGCAGCAGCACCAAGCUGCAGACUCCACCAAGGAGUGUGAAGGACAAUCCUAAAAGUGCCAUGAUUCUCAGUCAGAACUAUAGCCCUACCGUUCAGCAGAAGCGGCCUGUGAGACCCAUCCUCCCAGCCCUUUAUAACUCAGGUGGUGCUUUGAUUCAGAUCUUAACUGUCCCCCCUGACAAGGAAAAAUUUCAAGGAGUAAACCACAAUAACUCAUCAACAGCACAUCCAGAGAGUUUCUCAGGUCUCAAACCCAGCACUUUGAAGCAGCUCGGCCAAGCAAUACCACCAGCCGCAGCCAACCAGGAUUCUGCUGUCCUUGCAAGCAGAAGCCAGCCUGAGUCUUCACUGACAGACAGAAUGAAUGUAGUGUCAGUUGUGCCUUUUAAACAGCACCCAGUUUCCAGUUUUGACUUGGGUUUGUCCACAGCACGAGGCAAGGGUCGCUGUAAGAAUCCGUCCUGUGACUAUAUGUAUAAGAACAGACACAAACCUGCGGUAUGCCCAAAAUGUGGCUGUGAGCUGACCCAGAAGAACACAAAGGCUACAAAGUCUGAGAGUCUGCUAGACCCAUAUCAGGCCCUGAGCCCUGCGCAGAGGGACAUCCAACGCCAGAGCACCGUGCAGCUACUGCGCAGCUUCCUGCAGAUUCCUGAGAGCGAGACUGAGCUUCAGGAAACACUUUCCAUCAUCCAGGAGCUUAACAGCCUUAAAAUCCUCCUGGUUCAAGCUGGUGAGCAGGAGCGGGAGAGCACUGAGAUCGAGACCGUGGCUGAAUCCGGUUGGCCUCAGUUCUACGAAAACGCAGCCACUCACUGCAGCCUGUGUAACUACCCUCUAUUCAAAGGCGGGCAGAGUACUGUUGCCGGUCAGGAGGACUGCUGGCUACUGACUGAGACGCUGAUACAGACAGCCACCGUCCAGCUGAAAGUUUGCCUAAAUGUUCAGUGUUUGGCUCUGCACAACUUCACUGACCUGCAUCCAGGUCUGUUCAACGUUGGGAACAAACUGCUGGUAAGUAUUGACCUGUUCCUGAAGAUAAGGGCCAACAUCAGACUGGGCUUUUCCCCGUCUCAGGCAGUCACGACUCUACUGGACCACAGCCCGAGUCAUCCAGUCCAUUCCCUCAGUUUGGAAGAGUCAUCUCAAAUUCAUGAGCUUCUCCUGAGUGGCUACUGGGCCUUUGAGUGUCUGACAGUACGCGAUUACAACGACAUGAUCUGCGGCAUUUGUGGCAUCGCUCCAAAGGUUGAGAUUGCACAGAGGGACACAAACACCGUUCUGGAGCUCAAAAAUGUGGAGUUUACGUGGCCCGAGGGCUCAGUCUCAGAUGAGGUUCUUGUUGAUGACUUCUGGCUGACCAUGGAGAGUGAGGCUAUUGAGCAAGCAGCCUUCCCUACAGACAUCCCCAUCACACGUGUGGAUGCUUCCAUCAUAGCUCCCUUCAUACCAUCUCUGAUGAGGGGUCCCACUGUUAUUAACACAGAAAAAGACAAGGUCUUACCACAGAUACAGCAGCCUUCAGGAGAUCCAUCGGUUUUGGUCCGUCUCAUUCAUGAUGGUCAGCUGAGGCUUGACAAGAUUGAGGAUCACAAUGAGGAGGAGUUGAGAGCAAUACUGGACAGCUGUGGGGCAAACACCACCCCAAGCUCCACAAAGAACGAACUGCUGGCCUCUCUGAUCGACUUGUACACACACGUUCACAGUGGCCUCUGCACCGCCCCCCAGCCCCCCGCACACCUCACAGCUGGAAAGCUGUCUAAGGUCUGCCCCCACAAGGUGGUGUGCUCCUCAAAGUGCUUAGUAAGAGGAGAGACGGCUCGAGAUCACGUGGACCUGCUGCUGUCCUCCCGCCACUGGCCCCCGGUUUAUGUUUGCGACUCAGCUCGGAAGGUGGCACUUUGCACAGACCUGCAGUAUCCAGAGCUGGCAAUCCAGAUGUGGGGCCGGAACCAGGGCUGUUUUUCUGACCCCUUUGAAAACCCAGAGUUUGUGUCAUGUGCUGAGCUGCAGGAUCACCCGUACAGUGCUGACUUGUCCUUGGUAGCAGAGAACCAGCCGCUUCAUCCAAUAACCAAAUCCUCCUCACGUUGGCUGGUUGGUCCUCCAGGAUCAGUCCCGGAGCCUCUAGCACCGGACCAUCACUCCAUGCUGCUUUGCAGUGAACUGGAGCCGUACCUCAGCCUGGUUGCAGAGGUGGUGUCUGAGCCGAAAGUGGAGGAGAAGGAAGCGGAAGAAUCAGCAGAACAGCCAGAUGCAGCCGGGAAAGACUCUAGAGAGAAAACUGAGGACGGGCUGGCAGUUAGCCGCACGGCAAAACAGUCCAUGGUGUUCAACAACACAGCUUACUACUACCUGUACAACCGUCUGGUGGAUUUCCUGACUAGCAGAGACAUUGUAGGAAAGCAGAUCAACGAAGUAGUAAAGGCCUGCCAGCCCGGAGAGGUUGUGAUCAGGGAUGCUCUGUACCGACUGGGCGUGGCACAGAUAAAAACAGAGAAAGAAGAGGAUGAAAUAAAGGAGACAGAGGAACAAGCACAGGGAGAAGUCACAGAAUUGCAUGAAAUAGUUCUGUCGGAAUAA